AUGGCCUGGCAGUCGCCCUCGGCCAUGAACGGCGGCGGUGCCAACGGAGGGGGUGACGGCAAUGCGCCCGCCGGCACAGAGUACACAUUGCAGGGUGUGAUGCGAUUUCUACAGCUGGAAUGGCACAACCACGAGCGUGCACGGAAUGCCUGGGACAUCGAGCGCGCCGAGAUGAAGGCCAAGAUUGCAAAACAGGAGGGCGAGGUGCGGAGUGCGAAGAAGCUCAACGACCAGCUGAACAAGCACAUUCGCAUGCUGGAACAGGCCCUCACCAACGAGAGGAAGAAGAAGAGCGAGGCAGCAGGAGGUGACGCCGAGGCCACAACAGACGACAAGAAUGACCCCAAGGGCAAGAAGAGUGGCAGGAACUCGACGAAGCCUCAAAACAAGAAACACAACUCCUUCCUCGACGUUGACUCGGAGUUCCUCGACCGUGCAGAGGCCGACCGCGAGAAUCUACGAGAGAAGUCGAAGCUCUACCUCACGAAAUGCGUCGAAGAGAUCACGUACCUCCUUACACCACCCCCGCAAGCCCCGCAACAACAGCAGAACAUGCAGCCGCUCGCAAACGGCAACGGCUACAUGAACCAUGGCGAGGCCUCGAUGGAAGAUAUCUACCUCCAACAACAUCGCCAGAGGCUGCAGUCGCAACUCCCAACCAUGCCAGGCACAUCGAUGCCUACCCACCAGCCUCCCAACGUACCAGUCCCCUCCGAACUACAGAGCUUGGCCAACCAGCACCAAAUCCACCACGCACCGCAGAUGGCACGAGAGCCUUCACAGCAACAACCACUUCCGUCCAACGCUGCCAUGGCUCAGGAGCUUCUCGCUGGACAUCAACGCCAGGUCCAGAACCAGCAGCACUUCUCCUCGGUGCCCGAAGAGCAGGUUGAAAAGGUCACUCAUGCUUUCGACAACGAAGGCCGUCAAAUACCGAUACGUGGAGAUGACGCCUCGGAUGCAAGCCAGGCUGCCAACCAAGACAAGGAUACAGAUGACUGGAUCUUCGACCCGGCAUCGGAAACAGCUCAGGAUGGCCCACCAAGGCGGCCUGACACCGAGGAGUUUCCAUCAGCGGAUAGCAUCCCAGCAAAAUCACCACCACGACCAGUCAAGAGGGCCAGCAAAGACCAUGUUAGGCGAUUGAGCAACGACCAGAAAGCACAGCAAGCCGUAGCUCAGUCAGCAGCAAAGAACGACCCGCAAAGUUUCAAAGUUCGAUUCGCACUCCGCGGUCACCUUGAUGUAGUGCGGUCCGUCAUUUUCACCGGGGGCGGCAGUCCUAGUGAACCCGAGAUCUGUACCGCAGGAGACGAUGGCAUGAUCAAGAGAUGGAUGAUCCCCGCAAGUUACGCAAACCAGCACAGCAUGAACAAUGAUCUCGACAUCCAGCCGUUCUGGUCACAUCGAGGACAUGAAGGCACUGUGACAUCAUUGGCAGCCUGCCCCGCUUCUGCUCAUUUCGCUACGGGCGGAAGAGUCUCUGGCGAUGGCUGGAUAUUCUCUGGUGGUCAAGACGCUACGAUCCGCGUAUGGGAACGAGGCCGAGUCGAUCCCAAGGCCACCCUGGAAGGGCACACAGAUGCUGUCUGGACUGUAUGCGUUCUUCCGACCAACUGUGCUAAUCUCUUUGGCGCGGAUAGUAGCAAGUAUGGAGGACCGGACCGCGUCAUACUUGCUUCUGGGUCUGCUGACGGCACUAUAAAAAUCUGGGCUGUAAGUGCACCGCCUCAGCUGGUCUCACCGCAGACGGGAUCUCGACGUGGUGUUGGUGGUAGCCGAAGACAUUCCGUCACAUCUGGCUCGCAUCACCCAUCCUCACCGCAGCCCAGCAUUGCUACUACGACACCAUUCCAUCACACGUUGAUACAUACUAUCGAGCGCGACACGCAUCCUUCACCUACUUGUAUCAGCCCGCUGUCACCCACUGGAGAGAACUUUGUUGUCUCAUUCUCCGACGCAUCUAUAUUGGUGUACGACACGAGGACCGGUGAGGAAUUGAUUGGUAUGGCUAGCAAUGAGUCAUAUGACGGCACUCCAGCGACUGGUAUUACAUCAGUCGUGACAAGUUCCCAAUACCUUGAAGGCUCGUCACAAGAGGCGGGUCGCGGUGGUCCUGACGAGGAAGGUAUACACGGCCCGACGGGAUCUGCCAAUGGCGGUCUCGAAGGGGUUGUAAUCAGUGGGCACGAAGACCAUCUCAUCAGGUUCUUCGAUGCCAACUCAGGACAAUGUACAUACAGUAUGCUUGCACACCCUGCAGCUAUUUCUUCGUUGUCGCUCAGCAAAGACGGCCGGGAAGCCGUCUCCGCUGGCCACGACGCUUCCAUUCGUUUUUGGUCCCUUGACAAGCGCAUCUGCACACAGGAGAUCACCGCGCAUCGUAUCAUGCGUGGCGAAGGUGUGUGCAGCGUAGUUUGGAGUCAGGACGGUCGCCUUGUCGUCUCAGCAGGUGGCGACGGCAUAGUGAAGCUCGUCGCGCUGCCCCAGAGCAUCCAGUCUGCAAAAGAACUUUACGACUUGCGCCUCAAGUACAAAGAUGCCUCGGUUCUCAUUACCGCGAUAUACUCCGAGUCCAUGGUCAUUGCGGCGUCUCUGUCGCAAGUCCAAAGCCUCCUCCAACAUGACGCGCUACGGGAGAAGCCCCAGCUGCUCGAGACCUUCGAUCGUGCGCUUACGGGAUGUCGAGUCGUAUACGGGUGCCUAGAAGAGGAGGUACGGGACUUGAGAGUGAAGGCGGAGAACGACAACCUGAAGUUCAAAGACAAAGCGAAGUUUGUGUUCAAGGAAGAGACCUUCAAAGAGCUGCUCACCCAGAUCCGUGGCCAGCAGUCAGCGCUCAGUUUGCUGAUACAAGGAUUGCAGAUGGAGUCAAUUGCGGAUAUCAAGAAGCUGGUUGAGGAUAACAGUGUGACACUCGAUCAGGUUGUAAAGCGGUCGAGGACUCUAAGGCAGUCGCACCCGAGACUGAAGGUACCGGAGUCGUUGUUUGAUCAGAAGAGUCUGAACGACAGCGAGGCCGAUGUAGAGUCCAUCGCGAAAGCUACGGAGUUCACGUUCGAUGAUGAGGUCGUCAACUCGAAAGCGUAUCGUAGGGCUAUGGCAAUGGCCAUGUCUACUUCACGCCACGAGAUCGAUGCGUCUGAGGAAACAGGAACUGGGGUACCAGAAGACAGUUCGAUCGCUCUCGAGACGACGCCUCCCAGUGUACUGAAGUCGGAAACAGAGAGAGGACCAUCCCCUCAGGCCACAACGACAAAUGAACACGCAGAUUUGUUCGAUACCCUUGAGCGCGACAUACUCUCCUUUAUGCCGCAAACCUCAUCCACGACACUUUGCUUGACUCCCAACCACACAGGGCCUAAGAGCCCCUCUUCGCUACCGAAUGAUCCUUAUGGCUCAUUGACUCCGGCGCCACUGCGAUCGUUUAGUGGAGACAGCGGAACGGGAGUUCCAGAAGCUGCGCCUCCGUUGCCUCCUCGCCGCCCAAGUGAGCAGCAUGUCGCAACGCCCCAGAUGCGCUCAGUAUCUUCUGAUGAUAGCAUGUUUUCCUCCAUCGCACCAUCGAUUUUAUCAAAAGCGUCCACGGGAUCGUCUUACACCGUGUACGAAACUCCACCGUUAAGCCCCAAUUCGACCGGCAUACCUUCGCGAAAGCCCCUGCCCUUAAUGCAUAAGCCAUCUUACAACGCUCAAGGUAACACCACGCGUGGUAUGGACGAAGUUGCAGCAGCUGGGGCAUCGUUGCCCUUGUACAAUGUCGAAAUGCACAGUAUCUGGAUGUCGCUGGCCGAAGCCGAGAGGAAGUUUAUUGACCGCAUAAUGAGACUGAAGCGAAUGUUCUACGAUAACAUCAUAAAGCAAUGGCCAGUCCUUGAGAAGCAUAUGGAUGCUAUCCUUAUCGGCGAGCAACUUGCGACACUUCAUCAGCAGUAUCUGCUCCAGGCGAUGGACCGUGAUCUCGCUGGCAGUACUAACGCCCUCUGCAAUCCAUACAUGAUUGAUAUUUGGGCAGACAAGAGUCAACAACUGUAUCGAGAAUACUGCCGCAAGAUGCCGCAUGCGGCCUCCUCACUACGAACGACACAGAACUUGGACCCGAAGUUUACACCUUUUGUCAACACACUUGGUCUGAGUAUCGCUUACUUCGGCAAGAGCUGGCAAGACUAUCUGGAGCUUCCCCAGGUACAGAUGCAGAGUUACAUCGACAGUCUGCAGAGGCUUGUCAGCAUCGCGGACUCCCUCAAUGACCCGACAGCAAACCAGGAGGCUAUGCGUUUACGACGUGCUCUACAGGCCGUCACUUGGCUGAAAACAUCCAUCACAACCUUACUAGAUGAAGCUCAGGCUCGUGAAGAUGUGCAGAAUCUUCAGAGGCGUAUCCGAACAGAUGCGCUUACAUUUGCGCAACUGCGUCUGCACGAGCCGGCCCGUCGCGUCAUUCACCAAGGCGGUAUGGCAAUGAAGUUCAAGAGCCAGGGACCUUGGGUUCCAGUACACGCCAUGUUGCUCGACAACUACUUCAUAUGGGGUAAAGCUAAGAAGAGCAAAGGGGAUGAGGUUCUCAUAACGGACCCACCUAUCGCGGUCGCCGACAUGGAUCUGUCCCUUCCCACAGACGCAUACCAGUUUCAGAAGGCUACCAUGCUCGACCAGAUAGCAAGGGGCUCAGUCGUGUAA